GGUUGCCAGGGAGACGGCGUCGCGGUUGCCGUGGCAACGGCGGGGCGGAGGGCCCGCGGUCACCGCUGUCACCCCGGCCAGUCCCCACAUCCUGGCCCCUCCCGGGGAGCUGCCGCACCGCCCCCGCCCGCACACCGGCCGAAAUAAGUAAACAUGAAUGAGGUAGUGGAGACUCUAAGAAACAUAGAGCAGAACUACAAGAUCUUCCAGCAGCAGCAGUUUACAUUUACCAGAGCAUUGGAUCACACCCGAGAGGAGGCCCAUGACUUGAUCAGACCUGUGGCCAGCAUCGUGCAGGUGCAGGUCCUCAAGGACCACCACUGCAUCAGUGCCACCGACAGGCGCAUCCUCAACAUGUUCAUCUCCAUCUGCAACGACCUCCGCAACCUCUGCCAGAAGCUGGAAACGGUGCAUCCCGGGGACCAGGUGACCAACGGCCUGUUGGAGAGGUGCAAAGUGCUCCUGAACGACAGCAAUGACCUCAGUGCCAUCAGGGCCACAUACCCCCACGGUGUUGUGAAUUACCUGAGCUUUGAAGAAGCAAGGCAUACUUAUGGAGGUGUGGUGAGCCUCAUCCCCAUCGUUAUAGACCACCUGAAGGAGUGGGUAACCUACACUAAAAGGCACCUGCUGCAUCAAGAAAAGGAUUUCCAGAAGUUCCUGCUUGAAAAUCAACGUCCGAAACAAAAAGCUCCCUGGAGGCCACCGGGCAAACACCCCUAUUGAAGGAUCACACCUUCUGCUUAUGACCUUUAAUCAGCUGGCUGAUUAAAGACAGUGAAAUGCAUACUAGAGAUCUGCCCUGAGUCCACUUCCUGAAGAGCUGCCCUGCCAGCCAGCCUGGGACAGACGCACACUCUCUCCCUUGCUGAUAUUUCCAGUCAAAGUCAUAUCCUGGCAGAAGUAGCUGUAGCUACACCUGGUCCCUGGGACCAGCACUGCAGUGGGAGCAGGGAAUAGUCAAGAGUCAUCAGGUUGUAAUCCCUCAGACAUGAAUCUUGGACAAGCUACCUGAAAUGGGAUUUUACACUUUCUGAGGAACAUCCCCUCACUCGCCACAGCCAGCGGGGUGAAGAACCUGAGUGUCUGAAGGACAUGACCCAGAGCAGCAAAGGCCUGUUAUUAUGGAUUCAGACAUGUCUUUGAGAUUUAGACUUGUCCCCAAAAUUCCCUCACCCUCACUGAAAUUGUUUGGCUUUCUGGACCACAGGAUCCAUGUGUACAGGACACUGAUGUGUCUCCUGUACAUGCCACUGGCCACAGAGGUCAGUGUGCUCCAGCUGUGCUCUGCUGCACCUUUCCUGCAGGUUCUACACCACAGAACAUCUCCCCUUGACCUGUUUGACUCCUUUGCUAUCAAAGCCAGAGAUGUAAAGGAAAGCAGAGUUCAGUUUGCCCCUAGUUUGUGUGUACUGACACAAAACACCCCUGUGCUCCUCAGGCCUCUGCAAAACUGAAAGUCAUUUCCAACCCAAGUGAUUCGUGGGAAUCUGGUGGGAACAGAGAGGGUGAAAGCUGUGGCCACAUUCAGAUGGUUCCUUUUAAAAUUGCAAGUUAAACUGUCUGUGCUUUCCCUUUUUCAAGAUGAGAAUCCAGCUUGUCUGGCUCUCAAGGAUGUCAGGAGGCUCAGUUCAUUAAAACAUGUGAAAUAUGUUUUCAUACCAGCUUUCAUAGCAGCCCUUGGCAACUCCAGCACAGUUUAUCCCAGUGCUGGAAGCACCUCUCAUUCCAGCCUGCUCUGGGAGGGUCAGCAGAGCCCCAUUCUCCGGGGCUGAUAGAGGUUUUUGGGGUGCUUUUAAUCAAGCACUAUUAACUACAAACUGAAGAUCUCAGUGAUGCAGUGUCUGCCCUGUAUCUCACUGCUCUUUUCCCCUCCUGCAGGCAAAUCACCUCCUGCUCUUUGCUUCCUGGUAGAAGACACUCCUGAAUAAACAACUUCCCUUUGCA